AUGGGUCGCGUUCGUACCAAGACUGUCAAGAAGUCCGCCAAGGUCAUCAUUGAGCGGUACUACCCCCGCCUGACCCUCGACUUCGAGACCAACAAGCGCAUCUGCGAUGAGAUUGCCAUCAUUGCUUCCAAGCGCCUGCGCAACAAGAUUGCCGGUUACACCACCCACUUGAUGAAGCGUAUUCAGCGUGGACCCGUCCGUGGUAUCUCCUUCAAGCUUCAGGAGGAGGAGCGUGAGCGCAAGGACCAGUUCGUCCCCGAGGUUUCCGCUCUCGACUUCUCCGAGGCUGGCCAGCUGGAUGUCGACAACGAGACCAAGGACCUGCUCAAGCACCUUGGCUUCGAGUCCAUCCCCGUCAACGUCAUCCCCGUCUCCCAGGCUCAGGCUCCCGAGCGUGGCCAGCGACGAUUCGGCGACCGCCCUCGCCGCGACUAA